AUGAUACGAAAUUACCUCGAUUUGCCCGAAAUAUGCAGCCAAAUCUACUUCAACCAGUACACGAUUCUUUUGAUACUUGUCUUGGUGAAACUUUGCACACUACGAAACUCAUUGAUAAAUGCAAUUUCGAAGCGGUUGGUCGACGACUCGGUGUGCGAUGAUGAUAACAUCCAGUCAGUGCUCAAUGGAAUACACGAUGUUGUCCUCAAAAACAUCGACAAACUCCAGUACACGGGCUUGGCGUUUAUUGUCCUCAUCGUCAAAACGAUUAGAGAAUUGGUCAUCUUUUUCAUUGACUUGUUUUUGGGCACUUAUAUCUGCCUUCUCACCGCGGCAGUUACUGGAACAACAGAAUUUGCAUUUGACGCGAGUGAGUCCGUGAUCCAAGCCGUCAACGUUACCGUGGUGGCCACAGUUGACGAAAUUGAGACGAGUCUCCAAGGAUUAUCGAAAUUCUUGAACGACUUGGUCACGGGGUUCAACGCGAUUAAAAACCUCUUUACCGGGUCCGCAUCCACGGCACAAGCCCAAGAAUACCAAAACAAAAUCAACAUCUCCUUGGGCAAUUUAAAGGACAAGAUAGCGAUACCGGGCUCCGUAUUGGACGAUAUCCAAAGCGCGAGAAAUGUCAGCUUGGGCGAGCUAGACAAGAUCAAUAACGAGACGCAGGAAUUGCUCGAGACACCGUUCAAUCUCAUCAUUCAAAAACUCGAUGGCAUCAAGUUGGACAAUAAUACGAGCAAUUCUAGCAUUCUGCCGAUGCAGGUGAAAAAUGCCUGUUUGGACUCUGUGGGCGCAGUAAAAGACUCACAGGCUGUUUUAGUGAAAGCAGUAGAGGAAGUCAGCAAAUGGCUUCUCAUUGCCUUGGCCGUGAUCAUUGUGGGCUCACUCGCGUAUGCGUUGUAUGUCGAAAUGAGACACUGGAAAAGGUCCACGAAAUUCAUCCUUGAAGAAGAUGUAUCCGUCAAUGAGAUUGGGUUUCGCAACCAGAAAAAUAUAUACGAUAACCCGGCACUUUACACGUUGAUCAAGAGGUUCAAAAUCCGGCUUAAUGACCGCCUUAUUUGGAUGAUUAGCUACAUGUCGAGCCCCUUGGCGAGCGUCGUGCUCGCGUUUGCAAUCAUGGGGUUCAUCUCGGUUAUCUUGCAACUAUUGUUGGUUCAUUUUGUUCGGCAAGCACUAGGGCACGAGAUGACCAAGUUGGAAAACAGCAAUACCACCUCGAACUUGGGCGCGACUUAUAUUCGCUCUAUGAAUACCUAUAUCAAUCAGACUCAAAUCAGAUUGAACAAUGAGUUAUUUGGCGAAGUUACCGCCACAGCUGCAAGAAUCAAUAGCACAAUCGCCGAGUUUGUCGAUAACUUGGACAAUGCCGUGCACGAGAUCUUUGGCAACACCAUCUUUACCCAGGUCAUCAACACGGUAGUCUACUGCACCAUUGGCCGCAAGCUAGAGAAAAUCGAACAGGGUUGCGCAUGGCUAGCUGAGAAUUUACAAGUGCAAAUCCCCGCUAUGCCCGAGAGUUUAUCGCGCGAUAUCCAGAAUAUCAAGUUUUUGCAACCGCAAAACAUCAUGCUGAAGUUGAACCCCGUUUUGGAUCUUUAUCUCAGUUCAAUCAAUUUGGAACUAUUUAUAAGUUUCUGCUUUCUCGUGGCGUGGUUGUUGCAGUUUAUCGUGGCGUUGCUCAUCUUGUAUUUCCGACAGGGCUUCUCCAGCAAUGCGAUGGCCAUUGCGCCGCCGCCCCCAAUCACCACUGACCAGAUUGGCGCUCCUCGCCCGUUGACGGCCAAGGAGAAGGAACUUUACCUGUACCCGUUAUCCGAUCCCCACGUGCAACGCAACCCAACGACGUCGUCCAGUUUUUACCCUCUGCCGCCCCAAAGCUGGACAUAA